AUGGAGGUCGCUGCCGUGCGCUUCAAUGAAGAUGACAGUUUAACAUCGAAGGGCGAGUUAACUUCAGAUCAAACCGAGCAGAUAAGAAGCGACGUUCUUCUCCAGGUAAUCGAUGACAGCCGCUUGGAGAAUGUACAGGCACUCUUGAUUCUGGCUUAUACCGAGUUAUGCGACGAUCGCGCUCAAAGGGCUUGUUCGCUACUCCGCUUGGUUGCUAAGCACAUUGAGGAGUUACAAAUCAAUCGAGAAGGACCUAAACUACAUGAACAUGCUCGCGCCGGAAAACGACUCGGUAGCUAUUCAAGCUAUUCAAGCUCUUCAAGCUGGAUAGACGAGGAGGAAGAAAGAAGGGUAUUUUGGAAUGCUUUCAUGCUCGACCGACUAUGUGCCGCUUUGACCGGCAAUCCGCCAGGCCUUUCAGGAGUGAGCUAUGAAGGUAGAAGGUUGCCAGCAUGUGCCAGCUUCUGGUAUACUAAUCAGUCUUGCUCAACGCCAUUUCUAUCAAUACCUGAUCCGUCGGGAGCAGGAUUAGAGCUUCCUUUCACAGCGAAGCGAUCCCCCAACGAUGGCUUAUCGGGCAAUGAUGCAACAGAACGAGAACCACCAUCGACAGGAAUAGGAUCCCUAGCCUUCUAUAUUGAAACAGUAGAGUCACUGAGCACGGUAAUGACUCACUUCUUGCAGCAACCCGUAGACUUCAACAACAAACAAGAUGUUUCAAGAUGGCUCAGUCGGUGGAAAUUGCAUUUGCCUCAACAAUGGGCGGACUCGGGGAUGUCCCGCAGGGUUUUGCCAGGCAUCAUGGAUCCGGCUAUGACAGCCGCAAAUGCGACCCACAACACUUGUCUAAUCCUUUUGCACGAAGAGGUUGCUUAUCCCGACCCACGACUUAGAUGGGUUCAGCUGCCCAGUGUCUGUAGUGCCGAUACCUGCCUCAACGCCGCCAUAGAGGUCUGUACGAUCAUCGACAAGCUCCUUCAGCAACGGGGUACAAGAUAUCCCAUCAGUCCUCAGUUGGGCUUCUGUGCUUUCAUCAGCGGAAGAACCAUGUUAUUAUAUUGGAGAAGUUUUGCGGGACCAAUCGCGCCACAAUUCGCUCUGCUGCUUCAAAACCUUGAUGAUAUGCACCGCCGUGUACAGCUACGCCACAGGGUAGAUACACUGGGGCCGGUAUCCAUAUUUUCUCGUCUUUCUGGCCGUCUUCGUACUAUUCACGCGAGAUGCGAGUCUGACCCUUCAUACGAAAUAGAUCGAACGGAAGCCUUAUACGGGCGGUCCUCGACUAGAUGCGAGAAACCUCAACGACACUGGCUUCCUCCGGAUGGGUUAAGGGUGUACUUAGAACAGAGCAGGGCAGGACUCAACUUGACGACUCCAGAGCUAAUAAGAUCAUAUCCAGCGACAUUAAAUAGUGUUCCCGCCCCAGGAGCCCCCAUACCCGGAUUUGGGGACACAACCGAGUUUCAAUGGAAUCUGGCCGACAAUCCUAAAGACAUGAGUACGGGAUUGAAUGCCGACAGUAACAUAUCAGAGAUAUCCCAGUCGCUGAUGGGCGAUGAUUUCAUGAACAUGGAUCGUAUCGUCAGCUUUGACGACAUGUUCAAUUGUGCUUCUGAGACAUCUAUGGACUGGGGUAUGGGUUAA